AUGUCGUCAUUGGGUGAAAUGGAAGUUUUCGCAAAAACUGUCUACAUGGAAGCUCGAGGCGAAAUCCCUGAGGGCCGUUUAUGGGUUGCAUGGGUAAUAAAAAAUCGCGCAGCUGACGGAAGAUUCGGAGGACGAACCAUCAAGGAAGUUUGUCUUCACAAGGAUCAAUUUGAGUGUUGGAAUAACUGCACCGACACCACAAUUAGCGAACCUGACAUUUAUCGAGACAUUUGGAACAUGUGUGAACGAGUUUAUAACUCCUCGUUAUCUCAAGAUCCAACCGGGGGAUGCGUUUAUUACAACAAUCCCGAUAAAGAGAACCCUGAUUGGGCUCAUCGCGUUCGUAAAAUCCGCAAAAUUGGAAAUCAUCAAUUUUACAAGGAGUAA